CUAACAGUACGUGUUAUUGUUGUCGUCGUUGGUGUAAUUUAGUGCAUAGCUAACCAGAAUUUUAUUCGUUUUUGGAUCUAUGGCAAAUAGUUUAUUGCACUGGAUAAAUUGAUUUUGAUCUUUGCACAAAAGGGUAUUUAUUUCGUAAUAUAUUAGCAACAGAAAUUAAGAAAUGGUUUGCGAAAAGUGUCAGAAGAAGUUGGGGAAAGUAAUUACUCCAGAUACUUGGAAAGAUGGGGCCAGAAAUACCACAGAAAGUGGAGGCCGUGUUGUAAAUGAAAACAAAGCUCUUACAUCCAAGAAAGCCAGGUUUGCUCCCUACUCAAAGUUUGACCAGUGUAGAAUAUGCAGACAAAAGGUGCACCAAGUAGGGUCUCAUUAUUGUCAAGCAUGUGCUUACAAAAAAGUUGUUCCAGUUGAACCUAUUUAGCAAGUAUCAAGAAGAUCAAAAAUGAAAACUCUAGCAAGUUAAAAAUUUUUUUGCUAGUUGCUCUAAGUACAGCAUAGUCAUAAACUUCACCAAAGUAUCUUUGAUUGCAAAAUAUAGUUCUGUUUACCUUUUGUUCAAAUGAUAGACUUGUUUGUGCAUAUUCAAAUUAAAUAUUUUUCAUUAGCAGUUUCUAUAUACUGAAUUGCAUUUUAAAUUCUUGAAAAGCACUUAUUAAUAAAAGAAAAAUGUUAACUGUACAAAGUGCUAACUAUUGACAUGUUUAUGGAAAAAUAGUAAUUUCUUUUCUAUUUCUGUAAUUUUAGUGUUUUUGUCUCAUAAAAGUGGUAUAUGAUAAAUAUUUUUAAAUUAUGCCUCCAAAGAGCUUGGUUUGUUUAUAAUUAGUAUAACUGUAUUCACCUAUCACAAAACUGUGUCCUGUCACUGGAGCAAAAGGGUUUGUUUCCACUAUGAGAAUUCAAAUGCAAAUCAAAAGAAAGUAAUGUGCAAAACCAACAAAGGGCCCUUGCUGUAUAAACAUGCAAGAAAAUACCUAAACAUAAUAAUUUAUUAUAAAUAUAAAUCAAUACUCAAGUAUUACAUACAAGAAGUUUUUGUUUUUAAAUGUACAUGUUGUGGGAUAGCAAUAAUAAAUGUUUAUACUGCAGAUUAAUUGAAUUUAUGGCAAAUUAUUCUGGCAGUUUGUUAUAAAAUUUGAUAUAUGAAAAAGCUACAAUAAAACUUGUAACUGUAAGUUUUAUUUGGACUUGUUUCCUUUGAACAUAUUGGUUAUAUUAGUUGGAGAACUAAUCCACAACAAAGGUGGAUUUAAAUGUGAUAUGCUUAAUGCCAAAGCUUUUAAGUUUAUCAGUACAAACUUUACAUCCAUAUUGGAUUUGGGUAUAAUUAUAGGAGACAGAGGUGCAUUGCAGAUAUUCUGGAUGUUAUUCAUGAGAUAUAAUAAAAUGUGUAUUGGAUUUGGGUAUUAUUAUUAUAGGAGACAGAGGUGCAUUGCAAAUAUUCUGGAUGUUAUUCGUGAGAUAUAAUAAAAUGUGUAUUGGAUUUGGGUAUUAUUAUUAUUAUAGGAGACAGAGGUGCAUUGCAAAUAUUCUGGAUGUUAUUCAUGAGAUAUAAUAAAAUGUGUAUCAUUA